CCUUUCGGAAGCGGGAGCGAGCUUGGCGGCGCGGGCCCUGGGGAGGCGGCCGGCCGGAGGCCCGAGGCCCGGCGGCUCCAGGUCUGCUGAAAAUGACUGAAUAUAAGCUUGUGGUAGUCGGAGCUGGUGGCGUCGGCAAGAGCGCCUUGACGAUUCAGCUAAUCCAGAAUCACUUCGUGGAUGAAUAUGACCCGACUAUAGAGGACUCCUACAGGAAACAAGUCGUAAUUGAUGGAGAAACCUGUCUCCUGGACAUCCUCGACACGGCAGGUCAAGAGGAGUACAGCGCCAUGAGGGACCAGUACAUGAGGACUGGGGAGGGCUUUCUGUGUGUCUUUGCCAUAAACAAUACUAAGUCAUUUGAAGACAUUCACCAUUAUAGAGAACAAAUUAAAAGAGUCAAAGACUCUGAAGAUGUACCUAUGGUCCUAGUAGGAAAUAAAUGUGAUUUGCCUUCUAGAACAGUAGACACGAAGCAGGCUCAGGAUUUAGCAAGAAGUUACGGCAUUCCUUUCAUCGAGACCUCAGCCAAGACCAGACAGAGAGUGGAGGAUGCUUUUUAUACAUUGGUGAGAGAGAUCCGACAGUACAGAUUGAAAAAACUCAGCAAAGAAGAAGAGACUCCUGGCUGUGUGAAAAUUAAAAAAUGCGUAAUAAUGGGUGUGGACGAUGCUUUCUAUACAUUAGUUCGAGAAAUCCGAAAACAUAAAGAAAAAAUGAGCAAAGAUGGGAAAAAGAAGAAAAAGAAGUCAAAGACAAAGUGUAUAAUUAUGUAAAUACAGUUUAUACUUUUUUCUUAAGGCCUACUUAAGUAAAAGUGGUAAUUUUUGUACAUUACACUAAAUUAUUAGCAUUUGUUUUAGCAUUACCUAAUUUUUUUUCCUUCCCAUGCGAACUGUUAGCUUUUCUCUUACAUGCUUCUUUGAAAAUGACAGUGGAAACUUUUUCCUCUUAAGUGCCAGUAUUUCCCUGAGUUUUGGUUUAUGAACUAGCAAUGCCUGUGAAAAAAAAUUACUGAGCACCUGAGAUUUCAUGCCUCGGGUUUUGGUGCAUGCAAGUCGAUUUUUUCCCCUAAUUUUCUUAACAAUGGUGAGCGCGGGUGUGAAACACCAAGCUCUGGAAUCUUCCCUCCCGUGUGUUCAUCAGGUCACAUCAGCGGGCUCCGGGGUCAUUUCAGCCUCAGCUGAGACUGAGGCUGGUUUUUCUGGAACAGGGAAGGAUCACAAACGGAUGGGUUUCGUGGGCCUCAUCUUCACGUUUCCUGCCCUCAUCCUGGUCACUCUCCCAAAGAUAUAUUUUUUAUAAAAAGGGGGAAAAAUGGGGGGAAAAUAAAAAAAAGACCCAAGGCAAUGAAAAAUAUUAGAAGACCAUUGACGUUUUUCUACAUUGGGUAAAUGACUGUAAGGCUUCUCUUAGCUUUUCCUGCUAAGAGAGACUCAGUACAAAAAUGGGGAUCCCAGCAACCAUUUGGUGAGGGCGUUCACCCCACACUCCUAAAUGUGUAUAGUGAUCCAGAACCAUUUUAACAUAUUAAAAAAAUUCUCAUGGGAAUGAAGUGUAGUCCCUCUGUGUCUGACUGCUCUGUCUAGCCUGUGAGUCUGUCUUUGAAAAUCACUUUAAUUUUAGUCAUGAUACGUAAGAUGGUUUGAGCCAGUUCUAGAGAAGCGGGGGACGAGGAGACGCGGGCUGUGAGACCAGCCCCCCGCGAAGCUCUCUGCUUCACCCAGGUUUCACAGCACAGCCCCCUGCACCUCCACGAUCAAAACGAGAAUCAGCAGAGGGAGUUCUUGGAGAACUUAACGAGAUUCUCAUUGUUUGGUGGUCCUACCAAACAUCGAGAGCCUCACUUCUUCGUUUUUUCUUACUAGAAUUAAAAAAAAAAAACCACCACCUUUGAAAUAUAAACUUAGAAGUUGAGGUGGAGAAGAGUACAAAGGGCAGUAAUUUUGUUUUUCUUUUAAUGAUGGAAGUUCAGUUUCAGACUGUUUCAUCCAUAUUUACAAAUCUAAUGCUUUAAAAAUGAGACGAGUCACGGUUCAUGAAAACAGUUCUUUCAGUGACUUUCAAGAAUGACUUAAGAAUCUUUGCAGUGAAAGGCUGUGGUGAAAUGGAGCGUACUGGACUUUAGAUUUUAGAUAUGUCUGACUCUGGGCACACCGCUGUCCACUUCAAAUCAUCUCCAAGGCACCUCCCAUGCGAUUUACACGCAGUUUGCAUACAGACUCACUCGUUUGUCCGGCUCAGCACAGUCUGUAGCUCCUUACUUGGAGUAUCAUCCUCAGUGUCCGUCUCCUGGUCAAAAUUGUGCAAGAGGUGACGUCUUUAUCUGAAUAGUCUUUCUCCAGCUUGGGAUUUCCUCCUCUCUCAGCUGUCACUUUGCUUGCCUGGCCUGCUUUUCCACGCACCUGUGGCUCAGUGUAGCUUAAGACGGUGCCAUUGCCCCACCUCCGGUUCUACUGCUGCUGUGGAGCUCAGCGUACGAGGUUGUCAAAGGUACAUCAGCGUUGCUCUGUCUUACUUCCUUGCGGCCUAAAAUAAUCUGACAGAUACCAUAAUGAGAUGCAAGUUACUCCUUCCCUGGUGUGUGGUUGCAGUUUAACCUUGACUCUUUCCGCCUCCUCUCUGCUGUCUGAUCCGUUCGUUGCUGAUGAUGGGAGGGACUUUCAGAGUAGUUUUCAGAGGAAAACUUAGUAAAGGAGUUGCUGAAAUGUGCAUCUCAGACUCAGUCCUGAUUUUUAAAAAGGAUACAAUUCCAUUGUACAAGUCAAAACUCUUACCAUGGAAAGGAACUUCCACAAUUGAAUGAAUAAAGGUGUUUUUUCUUCAAAAAAAAAAAAUCUGUUCCACAAGUGUUUAUUCAAUGCCUGUCGUAAAGUAGCCACUGCACAAGGCCCUGGGGCUGUUCUGUCUCUGUUUCCCGGUCUUAAGUAGCAGAGUCAUCUGGAGGAUUUUCAUCAGGCAUGCAGCGUGGGAUUGAAGAGAAUGUAGUGCAGUUUUUAACUUUUGGGGGGGGUUGGGGGGGCCACGUGGUGGCUGAAGGUUCUUGUUUUCUUCCUUUGUGCGAGGUGCUGGUGGUGCAGCCUGCAUGGUCCUGUGUGCCAGGCAUACUCAGCUCCAUUCCCAGGCCUGUCAGUGUCGGGCAGACCCCAGCGCAGCUUUUCCGUCAAGCCGCCUUAUAGAGAGUACUAGUUUUAAAAGGAGUGAAGUUCCCCUGAUAGUUUAGCUUGUCUCUGGGGUAAGUCACUAGGGCUUUAGGAUCUUCAGGUAGGCAUGAAGCUUGGCGUUGUGACCUCUUGCUUUUAUAAAAGGGCGCGCCCGAGGAAGUCCAGUGUGUAAUGUACAUUUCAGACUCUUGAAUUUUGGAUGCUGCUGGGCAGUUUUUCUAAGGUGGUGGUAAUCUUGAUGUGCAUCUUGACUUACGUGAACCUUCUGUUAACAAAAGGUUUUAGUAGAGAUGUUCAAAGGGGCGGGGGGUCCCAGUCGUGCACAUCAUUACCUGAUUAGUACAGCCUUCAAGUCCACGAUGAACUGAAGAACUCCUGGUUCUGUAGUCGUAGGCAUUAACGUGGGUGGGCGGGGACAUAGAGGCAUACAUAGUGUAAUCUGAGUGAGUAUUUUCGGUUAGGAACUUUAUACCUGUUGACUGAGUCACACUGCAUAGCAAUUUAGAACCUAACUGUUAAUAGGUUAUCACAACCGUGGCCACCAUUGCACAAUUUUGUCCUAAGGUGUGUAGCUUUGUGAGGCAUGUUGAAUGAGUUUGCACCAGUUCAUCUCGUUUAUAUUCUAGUAAUUUUUUCUCCCCUCCCAGCCAUCUUUUCCUCACCCACAAUUUAGGUGAGGUAUUUUUUUCCCCUCUUGUUCGGUGGCAGGCAAUAUGUACUCAUUUCCAUUGGACAAGAGUAGUCAUUCAUUAUGUCGUCAUCUUUUUAAAACCCAGCAAUGACUUCAAAAUUGAAUUUCUAUCUACUAGCUUCUGUAUUAUUAUUGGAUAGCGUGAAUUCUGCAUGGGGAAACGGAGUAGCACGAGCUGGUAGCUGGAAAAUUCUGUCAAAAAUGAAAAUGAUUUCUUCCUAACAACAAGGCAUCUGUUCUGAAAGAAUAGUCCUAACUCGAUGGCGAGCUGUGUACUAGCUUGAAGUGCCUCUGUGGGUGGGGAAUUUGGGGAACACAAAGUGAUCUGCAGAACAGGUUCAUUUCCGAAGCCUCCCUCCCCUGUGGAGCUCAUUGGGUUACACUUUCUCUGGAAGUUUCCAAUUCCACUGUCUUGUGUUUUCAUGUUGAAAAUACUUUUGCAUUUUUCCUUUUGAGUGCCAAUUUCUUACUAGUACUAUUUCUUAACGUUAUUACCAUGUUUACCUGGGAUGUAUUUUGACUAUUUUUGUAUAGUGUAAGCUGAUACAUGCACACUUUGUGCAUUGUGCUGUGUUUUUGUAGGAC